AUGGUGCAUGGUUCAUGUAUCUCUCUCUGGAUCGAAGACAACAGGCUAAUUGGACGGUACAUUGAGAACGAUAAAGAAAAUUGCAUUGCGUUAGGGUGGUUGUUAGAAAUCAUGCUUAUUAACAUCAGGGGAAGUAAAGAAGUGAAGAAUGAAAGAAAGGGAGGGGCGAGAAGAAAAGUGGUGAGUAUUGGGAAUAAAUAUUGGCGUUUAAAAGGUAAGAAACAACUGAUGUAUGCUCCAUCAUUGGAGUUGAAAAUGACGAUAAAUAGUAUUAAAAACAUGGAAUACGUAAAAGCUUUUAAAAAAUCAAAUAUAGUUUGUUUGGCUACAACAAAUACUUAUUAUAGUAGAAGAACAAAAGCAGUGGAUUCUACAAUUGCAUAUGGUGCUGAAGCAUAUUUGAACACUCCAUUGAGUUUAAAUUCGGGAAAUCUAUCACCUAUGUCUCCAUCAGAUAAUCAUAAUACACACAUAGAUGCACUUGGACAUUUAAAUAGUGAUGAGAUUAAAUUUCAUGAAACUUUAAAAUUGAAAUUACCAAAAAAAUUGACAUCGAAGUGGUUACGAGUCAUUAUUUAUGAUGUCUUACCUUCAAAUAUUCCGUUCUCGUAUAUUAGCCAGCAAACAGAUGCAUCAGUGACUUCAUCAAACAACAGUAGUAUUGCCAUUAAUCAUAAUCAUAAUAAUAAUAAUAAUCAUAAUAAUAAUCAUAAUCAUAAUCAUAAUCAAAAUAAUAAUAGUAAUAGUCUUACUCUUGUGACUAGUGACGAUAAUAUCAGCAUUAACAGUGUUUACAGUGAUAGUCCUCGUGAAGUAAUGAGAGUCGAUUCAUAUUCAAAUUCAAUUAGGAACAUAAAUUCAAGUACGGAAAGAAAUGCUUCUACAUUAUCUUUAACUUCAACAAAUUCAAAUGAUAAUAGUUCACCGCAUCCAUUGGAUUACAAAAAAAUAUCCAGCAGAGAAAAAUAUUUGUAUUUAGGUGAAGUUAAAGUAUCACUACUAGAUCUAUUCAAAACAAAGGAUAAAAAAAAUAGUUAUAAUUUCCAAAAAAGUGUAGAGUCAUAUAAAAUUUAUGACAAGAGAAGACAAAUUUUGUUAAAAGGUACAAAUAGAUUAAAGGAUAAUAAAUCAACUUUUCAAGUAGGUGAUAUAGAUAUGUCAUUUAAACUGAAAUCAAUAAGUAAGAAACAAGACACUUUCGAGGCAUACAGUGAAUUAUAUAAUAAUAUCACUUCCAGUUUGAAUUUAAAGUUAGAGAAAAAAAAUAAGUUAAAGUUAUUACAAGCAAAACGUAAGGCUUCUAGUGCUGCAAAAAGUACUUUAAUUGAUAUGCCGAGUAGCUCAAUUUCUGAAUCAAAUAUAAAUAGAGCAUCAUCCAAUAAUGAAUUAACUGAUUCCCAAAUAAUAAAUAAUAGAACUGGUGGGAGCAAUAAUGCAACAAUGGAAAAUACUAUACUAUCUGAAGUGAUUACAAAUCUAAACUCAAUUGGAGAAUCAAAAAUUUCAAGAAAUGCUAAUAAAGUUAGCAUCGAAGAUGACGAAAAUGAAAUUGCGUAUGAUGGCAUAAAUGGAGACGAUGAUGAAAUUAUUUAUGAAUAUGAUAUUGAUGAUAUGGAUGAUUUGGAGGAUAUUGAAUUUGCAAAUGAUGUAGAUGACCUAGAUGAAAUUGCUGAUUUAGAGUCAUUUAUCAGUGAAACUAAAAGUGAAGAGAGUCUCAUUCCAUUCGAGGGUGUAUUUGAUCAAAAUACUAUUCGUGAUACAAUAAUAUCUGAUAAAUACGAUUUGGGGUCAAUGGUAACUGCCUUAGAUGAGUAUGAUAUAGUUGACAAAAAGGACGUAGCAGAUAUAAAUGAAAUUAUUAACGACUUGGAUGAAGAGUUGGAAGAUGAAGUUGAAAUAGUUACUGAUGACUUCAGGUUAAAUCAAGAAUCUUAUGAUGGAGAAAAUGAAGAAAAAUAUGAUAUAGAUUAUUCGGAUGAAGAAGCUGCAGAAGAUGAAGAAUAUUAUAAUAAAUUUUUGGAGGAUAAUGAUGAUUAUUCUAUACACGAUGAAGCUGAUGAUAUUAUAGCAUAUAAAUCACCAAAUAAGCUAUUUAAACUAAAGGGUAAAAGCAGAUCUAGAAGAUCUUAUAGAACCAGUUUAAACAGUCAACUAAAGAAUAAUUUUACUUUAAAUAAAAAAAUUCACUCUGCUGGUGUGAUAUUUAUUGAAAUUACUAAAAUUCAAAACUUACCGCAAUUGAAGAAUAAAAUAUUAAGAAAAAACUAUGAUAUGGAUCCUUUUGUUAUUGCAUCAUUUGGUAGAAGAGUUUAUAAAACUCCUUCCAAAAAACAUUCAUUGAAUCCUGUUUUCAAUUCAAGAAUAUCAUUUGAGGUAUUUCCUAGGGAGACGCACUUUGAGCUGAACUUCAAAAUCAUGGAUCAAGAUUCUUUUUCUUUUAAUGACAAUAUUGCCGAGUGCAGUUUAAAAUUAGAAGAUAUAAUAAAAGCCCAAAAUCGUAAACAUGAUUGGCAUACCCAUGAAAUCCCAUUAGAGAUGGGAAAUAUAUUGCAUUCGAAGGACUUGAAUACCAUUAGUGAAGAUUUGUCAAUGACGAAACCCCCCAAACUAUCAGUCAGGGUUAAAUUCAUACCAUACUCAGAUUUAAAAAAAUAUUUCUGGAUUAAUGUAGUAGAAGCGACAUCCACUUUACAAGAGUAUGAUAUUGCGCAAGUGAUGACGUAUUUAGAUAGAUUAGGUUCUUUCUCACUAAAGAAGGCUGAACAUUUCUUUGAUUACUUUGGUUUAUUGGCUUGGAGAGGGGAUGUAUUAACAAAAGAACAAUUAAUCGAGGUUCUGCAGCAGAUGAAGAAAAGGUCAGGAUUCAAUAAUAUUUGGAAAUGCCCACGAUGUUUACACUCCCUUAAACCGACUAGGAAUAUGAAAAAUUCCAAAAUCACAUUAGAAAAUGAUUUGAUUACACAUUUUGCUAUUUGUUCAUAUUCCCAGAAAUAUAAAUUGUUAAAACCGUCGUAUGUUUCCACAGACUUUGCCUCUAAGAGAUGGUUUUCAAAAGUGUUGAUUAAGUUAACUUAUGGUAAGUAUGCGUUAGGAUCUAAUAAUGCAAACAUUCUUGUUCAAGAUAGAAAUUCUGGGAUUAUUUUAGAAGAAAAAAUAAGUGCACAUGUCAAAUUGGGUAUGAGAAUUAUUUAUAAUGGUAAAAGUCCAGAAACCAAGAGGUUUAAAGUGCUGCUUAAAAAGAUGUCAAUAAAACAAGGUAGAAAAUUUGACAGUCCAUCAUCUAUUAAGCAAAUUGAACCUUUUAUAAAGUUUCAUUCUUUGGAUAUGUCACAGUGCCAAGAAACAACAUAUACAACUUUUAACGAGUUCUUCUAUAGGAAAUUGAAAGAAGGUGCAAGGAUACCAGAAGGUGAGACAGCGAAUAUAUUUGUCUCGCCUGCUGAUUCUAGAAGUGUUUUUUUUUCAAGUAUUGAUGACUCAAAAAGAAUCUGGAUCAAAGGUAGUAAAUUUACUUUGAGAAAGUUAAUAGCAGACUACAAACCUAAUACUUUUAAAGAAAAUUCAAGUAGUGUUGCAAUAUUUCGCUUAGCACCACAAGAUUAUCACAGAUUUCAUUCACCAUGUGACGGUAUCAUUGGUAAACCACUAUAUGUUGAUGGCGAAUAUUAUACAGUGAAUCCGAUGGCAAUUCGUAGUGCCUUAGAUGUUUUUGGUGAAAAUAUUCGUAUUAUUUUACCAAUAUACUCAGAGGAAUUUGGGGAGGUUCUUUUUAUUCCGGUUGGAGCUAUGAUGGUAGGAUCUAUCAUAUUAAGUUGUGAAGAAGGUCAAAAAAUUCAUAGAGGUGAUGAAUUGGGUUAUUUCAAAUUCGGAGGAUCCACUAUUAUCACAAUAUUAUCAUCUCAAAAUAUUAUAUUUGAUUCAGACCUUCUAAAAAAUUCAUCAGAACGAAUUGAGACCUUAGUAAGGGUGGGGAUGAGUGUUGGCCAUACGCCUAAUAGCCAAGGUUUCAAAAGAAGGCAAAAGAAAGUGACAAAUCCAAAGGAGAUUGAGAGUAUUAAACGUUCUAUUAGCGUUAAUCAAGAGUCCUCGAAUUUAGUCGGCAAUGUCUCCUGGCAAUUUAAAAAUUUAAAGAAAUGGAUAGAAACAGAAUAUCCUAAUAUAGGAGGCAAUUCAAAUGACGAAGUCACAGAAUCAUCAGAGUGA